GCAUCAUUCGCGCUGUACCAACAAAGGCAAGAAGUACAAGUGUCUCGUGUGGAUUCGUGACUAUAUUACCUGUAGUGCAAUUGCUGUGCUAGUUCAAUUUCAAUUCACUUCCAAAGUGCAAAAGAACACAAUGUACUCCGUGAAAAUCGUUGCUGUUUUGUCUGUGAUUGCCCUUGCAUCGGCAUCCAUUGACGAUAGUCAUCAUCAUGAUGUGCAUACAACACAUUCUGAGGUGGAGAAGCAUGUACCCGUUCCCGUCUAUGAGAAAGUCGGUAUCCCAAUCCCUCAUCCAGUGCCAGUUGCUGUACCGAACUACGUUAAGGUCGGAAUUCCCCAGCCCUACCCUGUUCAUGUUACCGUCCAACAACCUAUCCAAGUCCCCAUCUACAAGGUCGUGCCUCAGAUCAUCGAAAAGGCUGUCCCUGUUCCCGUUGAAAAACCCUAUCCCGUUGAAAUUCAGAAGCCCUACCCAGUUGAAGUGAUCAAGAAGAUUGAGGUUCCUGUUCCAAAGCCCUACCCAGUUCCUUUCACUGUCUACAAACACAUCCUGCAGAAGGAGAAGGCUGACCACAAAGGCUGGCACUAAAGAAUUUAUGUGGAGUUGAAAAGCAGGUGAUUUUCGUGAGAAAAUUCCUUUCAAGUUCCUGAUGCCACAGAUUUUUGUUACUAUUGUCUUGUUGACUAAUUUUAUAUGAGACCGAGAAAAAUAAAAAAAAAAAAUGUAAA